UGAUUGUCUUUUUUCCAAAGAAGAAUUUAUUCACGUUUCUUGGCGUCACUUAGUAUCACGGUGACUUCACAAGCCCAUCAAAAUAUUUGUGGUGAUCAAGGCUUGCGAGGCCGACAAACAACUGAAAAAGUGCUCUCACGCCGUCGAUGUUGCGACGUGGGCGGCGGAUCCGACCAGAAAUCCUUUCAAGGCCAGGCUCAGAAAGCUCGAAAAAUCCCAAGUCUGUACCAACAACAAUCAGCCAAGCCUUCAGACUCCGACAGAGACAUCCCCGACCUCCCAGACUUCUACAGAAAGCCCUGAAACACUCCGAUCCAAUGAGGGUCAUGUUGAAGAGAAUGAAGUUGAAGAUAAUGCCCCUCUUGAAUCGCCUCAGCAUCUUGGAUCGCCCAUCUUCGAUAGGGACACACAAGCACCUCCUGCUCCUUUCCUCGGCAACAUCCUCGAAAAGGUUGGUUAUGUAUUCGACAGCUGCUUCGCUGCAUUCACAAAUUUGCUGAGGAGUCCUCACCUUGACAAAAUCAUACUCAUGUGCUUGCUGUUGGCGCUGUAUUUUGCAGUUGUCGGGGUUUUCAGUGGUUUCCGUGAGUCAUGGGGUGCUGGUGUGUCGUGGCUAGUCACUUCAUCAAAGUGGGCUUUUCAGAAGGUUGGAGCUGCAAGAAAUCUGGUCUAUGCAGGAGCUGCUCCCUUCGUAAA